GCGCUGGAGGGAGCCUCUUGGAGAGCAAGCCCCCUCCCACACGCCUCCCCCCCCACUUUCGAUUUGCAAGCCUGGCACUGAGAAGCAUUUUGCAAGGUUUGCUCGCGCGACCUUUUGCAAAGAGGGAAAGGGCGCCACGGGGAGAGCCAAUGGGCCAAGCUUGAGGCUUGGGCUUGCUUGCUCCCCCUUUCGCCCCACCCAUGACCUGCUCCUGUUUCCAAGCGCUCAUCCUGGCCCUGGGACUGGUGGCCGGCUUGCAAUUGCUUUAUUUGGCUCUGCUCUCCGGCUGGCAUGGACAGGAGCAGCGGUCGCGCUACGCCCAGCUUUUCCAGACGCGCCAUGCCGUGCCAAGCAACGGGCACAAGCAGAGGCUCAAGCCGGUGCUGGCUAGCGGAGGCAUCCUGGACGCCAGCGGGCAGUACCGCAUCUACCGGGACAUGCUGCGGGCUUCUUGGGAUGGACAGGACCGGCAGGACGUGGUACUGGUAACCCACACUAGCUUGGGCAACCUGCAUCACUCUCAGCAGCUGGUGGAGCGCUGGCACGGGCCAGUCUCGGUGGCCCUCUUCGCGCCGGGCACUGACGACGUGCGCCAGGCCACGGCGAUGGUCUACGCCUUAGCCAUCCUGUGUGCCCCUCUCCGGCAGUGGCUUCGGCUGCACCUGGUGUGUCCUGCCAACCAAAUGGCUUCCUUCCCCGAGCAGGACCAGGACGAGGGGGAAUUCGCCCGUCUCCAGUCCUGCGGAGAUGUUUUUGCCAAGCUGGCACAGCUAGGGGCGGGCCGGCGUAACUAUGCCAUGGACGUUGCCAAUGUUUCGUAUCCCAACAACUUGCUGCGCAACGUAGCCAGAGAGGCAGCCGGCGGGCACUGGGCGCUGGUGGUCGACAUGGAUAUGGUGCCCAGCGAGGGUCUGCGAGAAGAUUUCCUGGUUUUGCCUAAAGCCACCGACGAGGGGACGCCGCGGGUGUUUGUGGUGCCGGCCUUUGAGAUCCGUCACACGCGCCGGAUUCCGGCUAGCAAAGCGGAGCUGGUGCAGCUGUAUCAAGUGGGGGAGAUCCGGCCGUUUUACGAGGAGCUGUGCCCCCGGUGCCAGGCUCCCACAAACUUUUCCCACUGGUUGAACCUUCCCGCGGGAGGCUCCCUGCGUGUGGCCUACGAGGUGGCAUGGCGAGACCCUUGGGAGCCCUUCUAUGUGGGGGCUACCUCAGUGCCUCCAUACGACGAACGUUUCAAGCAGUACGGCUUUAACCGGAUCAGCCAGGCCUGCGAACUCCAUAUUGCCGGCUACCAGUUUGCAGUGCUGAGCAAUGCCUUUUUGAUUCACAAGGGAUUCAAGGUGGUGGGCGAAUUCCACGCGCAAAAGGAUGCUGAGAACCAGCGCAACAAAAUCCUUUUCCGACAAUUCAAGCAGGAGCUGAAGAGCAAAUACCCGGAAUCGCCACGGAGAUGUUGAAAUGCAUUUUGCAGAGUUUAAAUUCAGCUACUGUGGACUUGGAGUGGAGCUACAAAUAGGAUGAGAAGAAACUCUGCCUGCGGUAUAAUUUGUACGAAUAAGCUGUCAUUGGUUUCAUUGCUGCACUGCAUUAGUCAGUUUCUGACUGUCGUUUUGUACUACAGGCUGACAGAAUUAGGUCCAAGAUUAUGAAAUGAUGUUGUGAGAACAUGGGAAAGAACUUCCACUUUUGAACCCUGAGAGACAUGAAAUAGUAGACCAUUGUGCAACGAGAUUCUUCCGUUUUGUGCCUGACCUUCCUUCUACAACUGGCCACCUCAGUGUCUUGUUCUGCACAAUAAGAAAGGAUUGCAUAGGUCCUGGAAGAGAAGUGCUUAAAUUAUUCCCUGUACUUUAAAAUAACAAACCACCUGUUCAUUAAAGUGAAUAAUUUCAAA